UCCAGCCUCCCCUGACACUUCUCAUAAAUAUUACCAAGGCUUAUUUGAGGAACUCGCACCACAAAGUCACAUCGUGUCCUGGUUUUAACAAGCGUUCACCUGUCAGAAUAGACGAAAAUUGAUUUUUUUUUGGUGUCUUUUUUCGUUUCUUCUUUCCCACCGGGCUGACACAGUCGGAUGCGCUCCAGGCAGCGUUUUUCCAACUCCAACUUUAUGCACCGCCUGGAGGGUUGCUGUAGCCGCUAACCGGUCGCUGUCCCGGGGGGGGCUGCAAGUCCGGCUCUCCGACCGUGCACAUCGGAGGCGAAGAUUUGUCUGAUACAAUGUACAACCGUACUGUGUCUUAAAUUUGGGCUUCGUCGAUCGGAGAUCUGUCAAGUUGGGCAACUCGGGACGUUGACUUGCCGAUCUCAUCGCUGCUGGUAAAGACCCCCAAAGGAAAGUGCUGUGGUUUCACGCUUUUUUUUCAUUGUUUUUGUCAGCAAGAAUAAGAAGAUAAAGAGGACCCCCCGUUUUAUUUUCGUUCUGAACUUUAUUAUUAAGUCAAGUAUCCAUGAUGAGCAAACCCGCCGGCUCAACAAGUGGCUGUCUGGAUAUUCUGAAUGUCAAAUCAAGUCGGAUUCUGGACAUUCCAUGCAAAGUGUGCGGCGACCGCAGCUCAGGGAAGCAUUAUGGUGUUUACGCCUGUGACGGCUGUUCGGGAUUCUUCAAGAGGAGCAUCCGCAGAAACAGGACCUACGUCUGUAAAUCUGGCUCUCAGGGCGGCUGUCCCGUCGACAAAACUCACAGAAACCAAUGCCGAGCGUGCCGUUUGAAAAAGUGUCUGGAAGUGAACAUGAAUAAAGACGCCGUUCAACACGAGCGGGGGCCGCGGACGUCCACCAUCCGCAAACAGGUUGCCCUAUAUUUCCGGGGCCACAAAGAGGUGAACGGAUCAUCGACCCAUUUCCCGGGAUCCUCCCUGCCCGGCCCUCCCUUCUUUACCACGGUCACGCAACUGGAGCCUCACAACCUGGAGAUGGGCACAGUAGCCACCACACCGGAGAGACAAGCCAUCGUGGGUCUGGCACAGCCCACCCCUAAGUAUCCCCAUGAAGUAAGCGGCACCCCCAUGUACCUCUAUGAGGUGGCGACGGAGUCUGUGUGCGAGUCAGCGGCGCGCCUCCUUUUCAUGAGCAUCAAGUGGGCAAAAAGUGUUCCCGCAUUCUCCACCCUCCCUUUAUCUGACCAGCUGAUUCUGCUGGAGGACGCCUGGAGGGAAUUAUUUGUUCUGGGCAUCGCACAAUGGGCCAUUCCUGUGGACUCCACUACUCUUCUUGCUGUUUCUGGAAUGAACACUGAAAACACAGAGUCUCAGCGGAUGAAUAAGAUCAUGUCUGAGAUACAAGCACUUCAAGAGGUGGUCACCAGAUUCAGACAGAUGCGCCUAGAUGCAACAGAGUUUGCCUGUUUGAAAUGCAUCGUGACAUUCAAAGCUGUUCCUACACAUGGCAACACUGAGUUAAGAAGUUUCCGCAAUGCCAGCGCCAUUGCUGCACUACAAGACGAGGCACAGCUCACUCUCAACAGUUACAUACACACCAGGUACCCGACUCAGCCCUGUCGCUUCGGAAAGCUGCUCUUGCUCCUGCCGGCACUCCGCUCGGUCGGCCCGUCCACCAUAGAGGAGGUGUUCUUCAAGAAGACCAUCGGCAACGUGCCCAUCACCAGGCUCCUCUCCGACAUGUACAAGUCCAGCGAUAUAUGAGUUCUCAUCAUCUGUCCAGGCGCAUGGAAAAGACUUGAGCUGAAGGCCCAGAGACCCACCCAGCAGUUGACAGAAUGUCAAAUCAUAGCAGGUGUAACCAUGGGAUGAAUCUUUUUUUCUGAGCACAAAAUCUUUUAGGCCUUCUUAAAAUAGCCUAUUUAGGCCUAGGCUCCCUUGAAACAAAGACUGCAACACAGCAGGAAUUCACCAAGUAGUCAGUUAACAGUUGCUCUAGUUAAGGAAUAGCCUGUAACUUUCAUUAUAGAAUUACCUGUAUGAUUCUGAAAAACUGCAAUCUCUGGUGUGGGCACAGACAGCCUACAAUGUUUAAAAAUCGCCUAAAGACUCUGUAGAACACCCGCCAAGUAUGUCUGACAAAGAAAUGUUAUAUAUUAAGAAGUUUUUUUCGAGUGUCUGUGAGACCAAUGAGCUUGACGACCAAUUCAGUCUUUUAUUGCUGUGUUCAAUCCCAAUGGAGGAAACCAAAAAAGAUGAUGCAUGCGUAAUGGGGGAUGUGAAUCGCUGUCCCUCGAUCCGGUGCUGAAACCAAACGCACGGGGCAACGAAGAAGAGGUGCCAACUCUAUGAAGAAUUAGGGGGUGGGGGGGAAAGACUUUCAAAGCAUACGCUUGCACUGCCUCCUCACUGUAAAACUACAUUCAUCUGAAGAUGGUGUUUGUAUUUAAGUGGUUACUGUCCUGUUUGUGUUGGUGUGUCCUGUUUGAGGCGCAGCAUUAAAAAUGUUUAGGUCGACUUUGUGAAGUUAGACACUAACACUGGAUAAAAUAUUCAGCACUUGGAAAUGUUUUUUGUGGCCUGUGAUGUUUUUAUUCUGUUGUAAAUAUUUGGAGUUAUAACUAUUUAGAGUUGUAACCGAGAGAAUAAAAGACACUGAAUUAAUCUGUAUUCAAAUAACCUACAGUAGAUAUAAAACUACCUGCUGCAGUUUUGAAACUUGUUUAUAAUACACAUCAUUGCAAAUAAUGGUGAUGCUCUUCUCAGAUCUGAUUUUAUUAUCAAUGUAAAGUUCAAUUUCAAAAGAUUUCUCAAUAACCGAAGGAUAAAGAACACGUGCUUAAGUAACUAA